UCCAAAAUGUCGACGAGCAGGGGAGCAGAAAGAUUAACUCGCAUUUCUGAUCAUCUUUGCUAUAGUAAAACUAACCAACAAAAGACGCUUCUCUCGCCAACUUCUGCAAAAAGUCUUACGCCAAUCGACUCAUUCGGUUAUGUUCUCGAAAACGACCUCCUAACGCAAGACCAAGUUGAAUUCUACAACCAAAAUGGCUAUCUUGUUGUCCGAAACCUCGUCGGCAAAAUCCAUUUAGACAGGUAUCAUGAACGGUUUUUGCAGAUCUGCAAUGGCGAAGUCAGAGUGCCAGGGUUAGAUGUAAUGAAGGAUGUUUCUCUGAGGAAAUCGAAAUCACUUGAGGGAGAAAAAAUUAUCAACAAGAUCCAAAACUAUCAAUAUGACGAUGUCCUAUUUGAAUACUGCUGCUUGCCAGGGGUUCUAAAGUACGUAGAAUGCUUUACUGGGCCAGAUAUUAUGGCAGCUCAUACUAUGUUGAUUAACAAGCCUCCAGAUCCUGGUACGCAGAGCUCUAGACAUCCAUUGCAUCAGGAUUUACACUAUUUUCCGUUCCGUCCUGCUAACAGGAUUGUCUGUUCAUGGACUGCUAUGGAAAAAGUUACCCGUAAGAAUGGUUGUCUUGUUGUUUUACCUGGAAGUCACACCAGGGAACUCUUGAAACAUAUGUAUCCAGAAUGGAAGGGUGGAGUUAAUAAUGUUUAUCAUGGUAUUAAAGACUAUGACCCAAAUGCACCCAUGAUGCACCUUGAAAUGGAGGCAGGAGAUACUGUAUUUUUCCAUCCUCUUUUGAUUCAUGGCUCAGGCACAAAUCGUACUAAUGGGUUCCGCAAGGCUAUUUCAUGUCACUUUGCAAGUUCUCACUGCUACUACAUCAGUGUAAAAGGUACUGUACAGGAAGAAAUUGCUGAGGAGGUCAUUGGAAUUGCAAGGCGUAAAUUGACCAAUUAUACUCCUGAUAAAUUGGAUUUCACCUUCCAGGAUAUUUGGAAAUUGAGACAACGUCUUGUCCAGGGAGUGGAGAACACACUUUGAAGUUCUGUUAUAAUGAUUAUUGCUCCAUGAAAAGAGAGGAAUGAUUUAGAAAGAACAACAACAAGACUAGUUUUGGCUGUCUUUACUAAUGAAUUUUGCUUUUUUACAUUCAUGAAUGACAAAUAAAUUACUACAGUAUUUCGUA